ACACACACAGCCUUGCAGACUAAAAUAUUCACGCAUGACUGCCAAGAAUGAUGUGAUAAUCAAUAUUUUACACGAACCAAAAAGAGUCAACUCCUUACAAAUAAGUAUGGCAAGAUGAGGGCACCGGCAUUCAUAAAUUUAAUAAAAAUAAUGACAAAUCAAAUUACAGCGAUUAACUUUAAAACUGAAUAUCACAAGUCGCUUUAGUCACACACAUACACGCACUACUCACCGCCUAGCACACUAGAGAGGAGAUUGUAGAGAGAUGGAUUUCUUGAGCUUUCUACUGUGUUUUCUGUUCACCUUGACUCUGGUUCAAGUCCUUUCAUCAAUUGGAAGGGGAACCAAAAAAGGUGCAGGUAGGCUACCACCGGGACCCACACCAUUGCCCAUUAUCGGAAACCUCCUCAAACUAGGAAAUGAACCACACAAGUCCUUAGCAGUGCUCGCCAAAACUCACGGUCCUAUCAUGACUUUGAGACUAGGCCAAAUAACCACAGUGGUCAUUUCUUCAUCAGCCAUGGCAAGAGAAAUCCUCCAAAAGCAAGACCUCCUCUUCUCCAACAGAUCCAUCCCGGAUGCACUUCAAGCCCACAACCAAAGCCAGUUGUCAGUGGUUUGGCUACCCGUUUCGACUCGCUGGCGGAACCUUCGUAAAAUCUUGAACUCACAUAUAUUUUCAGGUCACAGACUAGACGCUAAGCAACAGUUACGGAGUCAGAAAGUUGAAGAGCUCAUCGCCUACGUCCACAAGAGUUGCCAGGCAGGUGUUGCAGUAGAUAUAGGACGAGCGGCUUUCAGAACAACACUUAAUCUUUUAUCAAAUACCAUCUUUUCUGAAGAUUUGACCGACACAAGCUCUGAUACGGCACAAGAGUUUAAGGAACUAGUUUGGGGUAUCAUGGAAGAGGCUGGUAAACCCAAUCUCGUGGAUUACUUCCCUGUGCUUAGGAAGUUUGAUCCACUAGGUAUAAGGCAUCGAAUGACGAUUCAUUUUGGGAAGAUGAUUGAGCUUUUCAAUCAUAUGAUCAACGGAAGAUUGAAGUUGAGGAGACUGCAAAGUUGUAUCACAAACAAUGAUGUGCUAGAUACCCUACUCAACAUCAGCGAAACUAACCCUGAUGAGAUUGAUCAAGUUCACAUCGAACGGAUGUUGUUGGAUCUAUUCGCAGCGGGAACCGAGACAACUUCAAGCACAUUAGAAUGGGCAAUGGCGGAGAUACUACACAACCCAGAGACUCUGUUGAAAGCCAAAGCUGAGCUUGAUCAGAUCCUUGGAAAAGGUAACCUGGUACAAGAAUCAGACAUUGCAAGUCUGCCAUACUUGCAAGCUAUCGUGAAAGAAACGUUCAGGCUACACCCACCAGUGCCAUUCUUAAUCCCUCGCAAAGUUGAUGCCAAUGUUGAAGUAUGUGGUUACAAAGUACCAAAGGACGCACAGGUGCUUGUAAAUGUGUGGGCUAUUGGCCACGAUCCAAGCACAUGGAUAAAUCCAAACUCGUUUAUGCCCGAGAGGUUCUUGGGGACAGAAAUUGAUGUCCGAGGCCAUGACUUUGAGCUAAUACCUUUCGGAGGUGGACGAAGAAUAUGUCCUGGGUUGCCACUAGCGAUAAGGAUGGUUCACUUGAUGUUGGCUUCACUCAUAAACUCGUUUGACUGGAAGCUUGAAGAUGGCAUUUUUCCAAAGGAAAUGAAUAUGGAGGAGAAGUUUGGCAUCACCUUACAGAGAGCUCAACCUCUGCGUGCUGUCCCUGUUCAUGUGUAAAAAUGUUGUUUCUUUUUAAGCAUUGCCCACUGUCAUUUAGAGACUUGGAUGGUCUCACUUGUAUAUUUGAAGUACUACCAAGUGAAUGUUGUGAUUUUAAAUGCUAUCAUAUAUCAUAAGGAUUUGAGGUGAAACCAAUAAAUAAAAGAAAAUAAGGAUUUUUACGUAUAAA